AUGAUUCAGACUCCAGGCCUGGAGGGCGACCUUACUGAGUUGCAUUCAAAACGCAAUGCCCCAUCGGAAGUGAAGGCACAGCUACCCUUGUCCAGGACUGAUAUCAAGCAAUUCAUUUACAUAUUUCGUGAGAGAAUUUUGCACUUCAUUCCGGUCUUCUGCAAGGAAGAUUUUGAUGCAGAGACACUGCUCGAGAAGCACCCGAAUUUAGCCUACUGCAUUUGUUAUGUGACCUCUUUUUUCCUUGCUGGUGGUAUUCCCACAGCAAAUGUGCUUCGAGGUCUGGUUUCAGACUUUGUUCUGGAGAAGUGCACCAACCCCAUCGGCUCUUCAGCUGAAAACAUUCAGGAUUUUCGUGCUUUGCUAAUACUCUAUGCGUACGCACGACCUUCACCAGCUGGUACUGCCACCCGCCACCCAAUUCCAACAUCCGUGCUCAAGGCACUAGUUGAGGGACAUGCAAUCAACAUUGGCAUUCAUCGAUCCGUGGAAGGCGUCAAGAAGGAUUUGAUAUCUGGUAGAAAAGACAUUAGUAGGACAAUAGAGUAUAAAAAGUACACCUAUUGGCUAUGGCUUUACACAAUGGCUCACCACACCCCUCCAAGCAUUCGAGGUGACGCUUCCAUUCGCAUCGCCACAAGCCUGCUAGCUGGGAUCGACAAAUCUUCUCGGACAAGUAGGAUCCUUGGCGAGGUCGAAUUGUGUUUGCUGUGGGAGAAGGCAAGCACCCUCGACUGCCGCCUGAGUGAAUGGUGGUGUGUUCCCGAAAGCCUCGAAAGCCUGGACUGCUCCCCUUCUGCCGCUUUGGAAGUUGCGGAGAUGGAAAUUCAAGCUUGGUGCAAUAAAUGGAACGCAUUCAUAGCCCAAGGAGGUUUCGGUCUUGGUCUUGACUUCCACUUUCGAUAUGCUAGAUUCUGCAUCAUCAGCUACACUCUUCGGUUUAUCCAAGGUUCGACCGGUAACCUUAGCAGCAGCGAAAGAGAGUCUGUCAAGCAGUGCGUUCAAUACGCUCUUGAAAUCCUAGAUUGGGCAUUGCAUCUUUCCCCGGUCAGCAAGGAUGCCUUGAGGUAUAUGAGUGAUUUUGGUUUCGUCAUGAUCGCGUUCGUGGCCUUGUUUGUGGUACAAGUGCAUCAACAUGUCAAACCUGCAUAUGCCGAAAUGGAGGACGCCUUGGAUCGAGUUGAGGCAUUCUCCCAGCUGAUGGCGGAUCUGGCAAUCAGUCCAAAUCACUGCACUGCCCAGCUUGCGCGCUCUCUCAAACGUCGUGUGUCGCAGAUACGCCAGCAUGAACGCAGAGAAUCUCAAGGUGGAAACAUGCAGGAUGGUGCUCACCGGAUCGACCUCAACUCCGGUCCGCAGGUGCAGGAGGCAGAAGCCGUGCCGGUUAUCCACGUUAAUCGUGUCGAGGAAGGUAUAACCUCGGACAGUUUUCUCAACGAUCCAUCUCACUGGGAUCCAACAGCGUGGUUGACUGAAUUCCUCAACGAUACAACAGAAUGGAAUGUUCCAUAG